AUGGAGGGAGCGUUCACGCUGAAGGUGGCGAAGGGCUUUUGGCCGCAGGGCAAGUGGCGCGACAUGAAAACGUGGGACAUCGCCGGCGUGCUGCCCACCGACACCCUGGCCCAGCUCAUCCAGAAGAUCGUGGCCGUCGUGGGCACCGACGAGCGCGUGCCGGAUGACCCCGCCGACUUCUUCCUCGGCUCGCCAGCCGACCUCACCCGCGCCUUCUCCAGCCCGGGCGGCCUGGCGCCGCGCAAGCCGCAACUCGACGCCACGGUGAGCGAGAACGGCAUCACCUCCGCCUCGACCCUGCGCUGGUGGUCCCAGGCCUUUGACUAA